UAUAAACCAGCAUAGCAUGGCUGCAUGCAUGGGUGCCUAUUGGGUGGUACCAUAAAUAUGGUGGAAAGAAACAAAUGCAAAUAACUGAUGGCUUCGUUGCAAAAAGUCACAAAUAGAGAUAAGUACAGAAAGAAGAAAAGGUCUGCUGGCCAUGAACAAGUAAAGGACACCAACCCAGUGAUAUCAGACACUCCUCUAUCUCUUGCCUCCUCCUCCUCUUCUUCUCCUGUUCCAAGAGAAUCUCUCUAUCACACACAAACUGGUCAAUCAAUGUCUCGAUAUCGUGUUACCCGAAAUAAAGAGAAGAAGGAAAAGGCUCUCUCUUCGUCCCCUCCCUGGAAGCCUGUCAUGAAGACUCACUACUCACACUCUGAUGUACCUUAUCUCGACUCUCCUCCUCCUCCUCCUCUCUCUUCUUCUAGAGAUACAGUCUCACCCAAUACAAGGAAGAAAGCAAAACUUGGUACAUCUCGUAAUUUGCCUCAAGGAGAGAAAAAGGAAGAAGAGGGAGCUAAGCCUCAAGAAUUGGAACAAUAUUCUCAAGAUUUGACUUUGUUAAGACCUGGUCUGGAUCAUACUGACUUUGAGCACAUUAGACCCUCUCCUAGCACUCAAAAGAUGCUUCGACAAACAAUGGCUGAGAAUAAUGCUUCUAUCAGGCAGCGAAUUGAAGAGAGUCGCCAAGAGGAGAUAUAUUUGGAUUUCUUGUCAUCGAUAACUAAGGAAGUUCUUGCAAGAGGUGUGUACACUCAGUCUGACUUGGAGUCAGUUUUUCAAAAGCACGUGACCAAUAACAAGCAAAGACUCCGUGAGGAUUUAAUGUGGACUAACAUUGAUUGGCUUCGGAGAAAAAUAUUAGAAAAAAACAUUUCACAUUAAUUGUGAUGCAUGCUUACAUCGCUUACCAUCUAUGUCUUCAUUCAUCACUUAUGACUCGUGAUCCACAUCUUGUAAUCAUAAUUUUGAUAAAAUAUUGAUACUGGUACCUAUUUUGUAUAGCACA